ACAGAUGGUCAAGUACCGGUGAAACUAGUGAAAGCAGUUAUCAACACUGGCAAAGUAAUCAGCCAGAUAACAUCGAUGGAGAAGAGUUUUGUGUGGAAUCCAAUCUGGGUGGAGCAUGGGUUGACAAGAACUGUAACCAUCAAUCUUUUUUUGCUUGUUACAAUGCUUCAAAUCCUGAAAGCCAGAAGACAUAUGUUGUCAUUGAGACAGCAAUGAACUGGACAAACGCCCAGACUUACUGCAGAACUCACCACACAGACCUGGCUAUGAUCGAGAAUGCUGAGGAAGACGACGCGCUGAAAUCCGCCAAAGGUUCGCUUGCUGUUUGGAUUGGCUUGUACCGGAACGCAUGGAAGUGGUCUAACAACAGAGAAAGUUCCUACAGAAACUGGAAAGAGGGUGAGCCAAAUAACUUCAAAGGUGACCAGCACUGUGUGACCAGUACUAGGGAACACAUGUGGACGAACAAGCCCUGUACAGAGAAAUUUCCCUUCUGGUGUGAACAAGUCCCUUUAAAGAAAAACAUCUUGAAGAUGAAGAUUCAUACUGAUGCUGACCUUUCAGAUCCUGCUAUAAACACCCAGCUCCUACAACAGGUAGGUGCUAUGCUGUCAGAAAAAAACAGAACACGUUAACUUGAAGUGGAGGAUUCAACCCAGGAAACAAGAAGAAGGAAA